UUAGUUUCAACAGGCAGGGCUAUCAAAUGACGGAGGUGAACACAAGAACGCCGUCUCAGACUCCUCUGAUGACACAGCAGACUAUUCAUGGCUCCAAGAGAGUCGAAGUUGAAUCCCUGGCGUUUGAAUUACGGUCAAAAUUGGGGAACAACUGGGAUAAAUACCAGGCUACCAUUGCCUCGUUUCUAAUUGGUAAACUGUCGAGAACCGAGCUCUCCACAUGUCUACAGAAUCUAUUGACUGACUCACGGCUGAUUAAGAUGCAUAACCAAUUGCUGUUGGCCAAUAUGGUGAAUGCUCUUCGAGACUCCAAUAGUGAUUCUCCGAGUAUUGAGAAGAAUUCCAAGUAUUCCUUUGGCUCAUCGUCUAAAAAGGUUGUGAAGAAGGGUAUGAAACAGUCGAACCAAUAUGAAAAGCUGAAGAAAGACGUUAUGAACUUGCCGAUUAGAGAACGGUACAGAAUCAAGACGAUAACGAGGGACUCGGGGAAACAGAAGAUGGCCAACUCUUCUCUGACGCUAACCCGUCAGGCUCUAUUGCCAAAGAUCCCUUUCUCCUCUGAUAAGGAAAAGAUGAUGAGUAACGUUAUAGAAUGGACACAGGACGUGAACCAUGGACUACAUACACCUCUCGAUAUCGAAACGUUUUCCCUACCGGAGCAGGAUGCCUUGAAGACGAGGAUUUUAGGCAUUGCAAGGGAGCAUGGUAUCACUGGUCCGUUGAGCAAUGACGCUGCAGAGUUGUUAUACCAUGGACUGGAGACGUAUCUUAAAAACAUUGUUGAAGCAGCAAUCGAUACUGUACGGUACAGGAAAAGGCGUUACAACAGUAACGAUUUCGAAUUUGAAAACCUGAGCAAUGUCAAGGUCAAUGAAAAGAAACCAAAGAUUACACUUGUCAAUGAAGACAUGAUUGACACUUUUGAUAUCAUGCCCUACCUUGUGGAGCCUAGUGGUCCAGUUUAUAGGUUACACUCUGUCAUGUUGAAAGAUGACUGUUAUGUGGAACCCCAGUGCUCAUUAGACGAUGAAGCUUUCGAGUGCUCUAAUGCCCAAUCCUCGAAUAAACAGAUCAAUGGAACAGGCUCAAAUCUGAGCUCGCCGUUGAUUGCAAAGAUUGAAAAGCCAAAUAAAGAUGUCAAUGUAACUGAAAACGUUGGUGAUAGAGAAGAAUUAAACCUGUUGAUCAGAGAUAUCCUACUGAAGAAUUAAAAUCUUUUUAUUGGGCAUAUAAUACAAUUGUGUGAAAUGUAACAUCGUAAUGCAACGUAAUCAUUCGUUUUACAUGCUCAUUUGGAAUAGACUCUGUUUAC